AUGCAUCAGUACGCUCCUAGCUCCCACUUUCAGUCGUUGCCGUCCUCAAACGGCGACGUUGACCCAUCAACGGGCAUGCCGCAUUCCUCGGCAUCAGCCGCCCAAAAAGCAACAAAACAGGCACGUCAUCACCCUUACCAUUCGCCCCAAAACAACGUUGGGAGAAUUAAUGGAAUAGGGCAGAUGAACGGGUCAACACUGGGUCCUAUCCGGAGAAGAAUUAGUCGAGCAUGCGAUCAGUGCAACCAGUUACGAACUAAAUGUGAUGGGAAAUUGCCCUGCCAACAUUGUCUCGGUAAGACCCAUACCAUCGUAACUCGCUAUUCUUACGGGGGUUCCUUUUUUUGGGGGGGGGUUUUUUGAAAACCCUUGGCUAAAGUUGUUCGAUAGAUUUUACAUUAAAGUGCGAGUAUGCCCGAGAGAGAAAGAAGCGUGGAAAGGCUUCACGAAAGGAUAUCCAACAGGCGGCGGCGGCGGCGGCUGCUGCUGCCCAGCAGAAUGGCAUGGUGAAUGGUAAUACCUCGCCAACGGAUCAGAUGCGUGCCCUCAAUGGGGUUUCACGGUCAUCAGAUCUUCCUCCGCCCCCUCGUCCUGGAAUGGUUAGGAAACCGUCCUCUUCCGCUGCCAGUACCAGGACAUCCCUUGGAGAUCUUCACGACCUGUCCCAACACCAGAUCCACCACCAUCACCUGCCUGCUCAACAUCAGCAUCACCACCAUCAUCACCUUCCUACACCAGAUUCCCCAUCUCUGCAGCUGAGCCAUGAAGGCGUUCCCGCCGGUAUGCCCAUACACUUUGACAGAAUGUCUCCAUUCCAGCAUCAGUCACCCAACGGUGUCGGGGUCGGCGCCGCUCCACGGAUGCUCCCUAACCCAUCCACUCAUGGCGGCAUGUCCCAACCAGGGUCUACUACAACCAACGGCUUCCCCGCAAACGAGUUUGUCCUCUCCCCACAGCAUCAAACACACCCAAUGAACUUUCCUCAAAAUGCCUCCUCACCACUAUCUGGAUUCCUUGGCGACCACUCCCCAGAAGACGGGUCGCCAUCUUGGCUCUCUCUGCCCUCUCCCCCAAGCCCAGCCUUCUCCGCCGGUGUCAGGUACCCGGUCCUCCUUCCUCUACUUCCUCAUGUCAAUACCAUAAUACCACCAAUUCUUGCAUGCGACUUGUUAGAUCUAUAUUUCACCAACCCAACAACAGCCCUAUUUCAGCCCGCUUCCCCAUAUGUAUUGACUCACAUUCUCCGUAAACAAUCGGUAUUGCACCCGACAAAUCCUCGACCUACAUCUCCGGCACUACUGUGCGCCAUGCUGUGGGUCGCUGCGCAGACCUGUGAUGCGCCAUUUUUGAGUGCAUCGCCCGCUGCGCGAGGUCGAGUUUGCCAGAAACUACUGGAGUUGUGUAUCAGUCUUUUAAGACCCUUAGUGCAUAUUGCAUUCACACCAUCAUCUCAGCACUCGCACGGCCACCACGGGUCCUCCGCGGACUCCGAAAAUGGAUCUGUUGGUAUUGGCCUUGGGGGUUUAGGUGGCGGCCCUGCGGGCUCAACAGGUGGCAGGGAGGGUGCUGGGGCAGCGGGAACUCUGGACGAUGUCCUGACAUAUGCACACCUUGGCAUUGUCAUCUCUGCAAGUGAGUUCAAGAGCGCAUCUCUUAGGUGGUGGCACGCAGCCUGGACUCUUGCCCGGGAAUUGAAGCUUAAUCGCGAGGUUCCCCACGAGAGCAUAAUCGAACAAAUGGGUGAUGAUGAUCUAGAUGGGCAUCACUCACCGAGCGAUACCGGCCCAGGCAGUGUACACUCCCACUCCUCAGCUGCAGAAGGCGCAGUAGGACGAGUAGAAAUGGGAGAGGAGGAGCGGGAAGAGAGGAGAAGAACAUGGUGGCUGCUUUAUAUUGUCGAUAGGCAUCUGGCCCUUUGCUACAACAGGCCUCUUGCCCUGCUCGACAUUGAUUGUGAAAGUCUCUAUCUCCCCAUCGAUGAUGCAUCUUGGCAGAAUGGGGAUUUUUUCGGAGCUCACGAGCCCCACAAUCUCUAUGCCCAGAACCCCGUCUCCCCAACCAACACUGGUCACUCGCAACAGCUCCACCGACAGACAGGUCCAGUUUUUGAAAUAACAGGUACAGGAUUAUUUGAGUUUUUUUUACCGCUUAUGACGAUUCUGGGGGAGGUGGUGGACUUGCACCAUGCGAGGAAUCGUCCGAGGUUUGGUACGGUGAGGCAAGCCGGGACUGAGGGGGCUGCUCUAUUUGGGGAGGGGGACGAAGUGCUUGUGCAACAAAUCACGCAGCAGCUCGGCACGUAUGCUAGGAGUUUGCAGCAGUACGAAGCGGCACAUCUUCGGCCUGAGUUGAAGGAUGGUCAAGGAGGUGACGGGAAGUUGACUGAGUCGGACAUCCAAACUAAGAUUGUGGUUUCCUACGGAACCCAUGUCAUGCACGUCCUACAUAUUCUCCUUUCCGGAAAAUGGGACCCAAUUAGCAUGCUAGAUGACGAUGACCUCUGGAUCUCAUCUCAAUCUUUCAUCAGUUCAACAACUCACGCAGUCUCAGCAGCAGAGGCCAUCUCGAACGUCCUCAAGUACGAUCCUGAUUUGAGCUUCAUGCCCUACUUUUUCGGUAUCUAUCUCCUCCAGGGUAGCUUCCUACUACUCCUCAUUGCGGACAAACUACAGGGGGAGGCAUCCAGCGCUGUAGUCACUGCAUGCGAGACAAUUGUGCGGGCACACGAAAUAUGCGUUGUUACGCUCAACACCGAAUAUCAGGUACAGAUUGCUCCUUAACAUCCGUGUGUUUCUGGAAGCGGCCUUCUGACUGAAAUAGCAGAGGAAUUUCCGGAAAGUUAUGCGAAGCGCUUUGAGCCAGGUCCGCGGCUGUGGAGCACCUGAGGACAUGGAAGACCAGAAACUCAAGAGGAGGGAGGUGCUGCAACUUUAUCGAUGGUGUGGAGACGGCUCUGGGCUGGCUUUGUGA